GGUAAAAUGCCUAACAACACCUGGUAACACCAAUAGCAAAAAACCAGAGAAAAGAAAUAAUAAUUCGUUUUGUGUGCAGAGUGCAAAGGGUAAAUAAGUUGCGAUAUCUUUGCAGUCGUAGUCGCAGUCGCAUUCGAGACAUUUGAAAGCCCUAUUAAGUGCCAGGAUUUUGGAUAUCCAUAUCGUGCGCGCAGCUAUACUGUUUUUACCUUUUGUUGACGUCGUCGCAUUGUCGUCAUCGGUCAUCUUGUGACUGUGUCUAUUCGAGUCCGAAAAAAGAAAGAAAAGAAAGUCGUAAAAUAUAGAAAAGAAAACUAGUUGGGGAGGAGGAGUCGCACACAUACACAAGUACACACACGGAGCCCCCACACGCAACACACACAGCAGAUACACUCUUACACACACAGACACACACACACACCCAUAGGCGAACUGCAGUGAAGCAACAAAAACAACAAUAAACACAGCAACAUUGCAGCUUGCUUUGGAGCACUUAAACAGCAAUAAACAUAAACCAAAACGAAUAUAAAAGAAUCUAUAGCUUAUUCAAGCAAAAGUCCAAACUUUCUGUUUAGAAAAUAAAAAGCAAAGUCAAACGCAAAAACAAACGAAAAUGAGAAAGCAAAAGGACGAUAUGCAGGUCAAUGUCGCUGGUCUGCGCAGAAACAUCAAGAACCUUGCGCACAACUACUCCGAUGCCCAGGUUAAAGUGCGCGAGGCCACCUCGAAUGAUCCUUGGGGUCCUUCGGCCGCUAUCAUGGGGGAGAUAGCGGACCUAACCUACAAUGUGGUGGCCUUCUCGGAGAUCAUGCAGAUGAUCUGGAAGCGUCUUAACGACCACGGCAAGAACUGGCGCCAUGUCUACAAGGCACUCAUUCUGCUGGAGUACCUGAUCAAGACAGGCUCAGAGAAGGUGGCCCAGCAGUGUAAGGAGAAUAUCUUCGCCAUCCAGACAUUGCGGGAAUUUGUUUACUUCGAGGAGGGCAAGGAUCAGGGCACUCACGUCCGUGAGAAGGCCAAGCAGCUGGUCAAUCUCCUCAAGGAUGACGAGCGACUGAAGAACGAGCGUGUAAAGGCGCUGAAGGCCAAGGAGCGAUUUUCUCAGCAUCCGAGUGGAUUCGGCAGCGAUGGGUACAUUGAUGGACCCUCACAGCGGGAUCUGCCGCCAGGCUGGCAGGAAGAGCCUCCAAAGUCUGUCUCCGAGCUGGAAAUGGUCCGGCCACAGACUGCCGGCGAGGAGGAGCUCCAACUUCAGCUGGCGAUGGCGAUGUCACGUGAGGAAGCGGAACAGGAGGAGGCGAAGCGGCGCAGUGAUGAUGUGCGUCUUCAACUUGCCCUCAGCCAAAGUGAACAGGACUUUAAGGAUCCUAAUGGUCGGCCCAUUCCCGCACCCAAAAAGGAAGAGCCUCAGAGUCACUUGCUCGAUCUGCUGGAUAUUUCACUGGGCGCCACGAGCAUCUCGAGUCCACCGCUGGGCGCUGCAGGCGGCGCUCCUGCGGCUGUUGUCGAUCCAUGGGCAACGCCCGGGCCCAGAGCUCCCAGUCAAUUGUCCGAUCCCUGGUCCGGAACUCCCACUCCUCAAGUUGAUCCCUGGAAUCCCUCUGCUGCUCCGCGUACCAUUAUGGGUGCAGGAGUGCCAAUGAACGCAGCGCCAUUAGGCGGAGCAGCCGGAAACGAUGCUUGGGGAGGUCGCACCCAGUCGCCAUCGGUAGCCUCGGGCUCCUCCAACGAGGGUUGGUUACAGACCAAUGGCAAUGCCAACCAGAAUGGACGUGGGGCUACUCCGGCUGGAGCUGCUGCUGAACCAGGCUGGUUAAUAAAAUCAACUGCUGUCGGGGCUUUGGGAGCUGCGCCCGUAAACCAUGCAGCAAAUAAUGGCAGCUCAUCCGCGGAUCCUUGGCUAGCAGAGCCAGCAGUACCAGCGGCAGGUGGAGCGGGAGCUGGCAGUUUGGCGGAUCCCUGGGCGGCAGGAGCAGCACCUCAGGGUGCGGGAGCGCUAGAUGAUCCCUGGAAAGCACUUGGAACAGGCGCCAUUAAGAAACAAACAUCCCCGGAGUUUGAUGAGUUCGACUUAAUAACCAACCGGAAUAAGAGCGAGCUAAGCAAUUCCAACGCCUCCAAUAACAACAAUGCUUCUCUGCUCGAUGACAUGGAUCCGCUAUCGGCGAACUACGGAAAUGGAGCUAUAAACAACAGUGUACAUCCGUCGACGGGCGCCACGGCAAAGAAACCGCUGAAGGAUGCACAUUCCUUCCUCGGCGAGAACUCUGCGUUGGUUAACCUGGACAAUCUGAUCAAACCGAUUGCGCCACAGACGCAAACGGGUAAUCAACCGGCAUAUAAUCCCUUUAGCGACAAUGUGAUGCCUCCCAAGACGAAUCUAUUCCAGCAACAGCAGCCAGCCGUGCCGUCCAUUAACCAACUGAAACAACAGGCUCCCUUCACAGUCAGCAUGAACCAGGAUCCCUGGGCACCAGUCAUGGGCGGCGUUAGUGCGACCUCACAGCCAAAACUUCCGCCUCCCGUACGUCCCACUAGCCUCAAUUUGGGGCCUUCGUCUGUGGGUGUGGGUGAAUUUCAGGUGUUGAGCGCGUUUAGUAAUCCCAUCAUUCCCUCCGCCAUCAUCCCACAGCCACAGCCCAAUUCACAGGUCUACAACUAUGCGUAUCAAAGCAACAGCAAUACCAAUAUUCUUAGCAACAGCAACAUGAAUAGCACCACCAGCAACAGCACUAUAUACAGCAGUUAUAUGAGUCCGAGUCCUGGCAUCGAUAGCAUUCGGAACAUGGAUAUAUUCAAUGAGCGUCCCUACUAUAAUAGUCCAACAGCACCAGUUGAUGAUUCUUAUAUGUAUAAAAGCAAUGAUAGCAACAAUGCCAACAGCAACUAUGGCACUUCUAGACUAUACUCAAGCUAUGCGGCCAGCUAUAGCAGCGCCCUAUCCGAUUCGCUGUCCGAAACCCCGGGAAUUAGUGUUGCUCCCAUGGGCUUUGUGGCCGAGCCUGUCAUAAGUUUUGGUUCCUCAACCACGUCGGCCAACAACUGUAAGCUGGAACAAAAUAACAACAUGCCGUGGAUCAAACCGGAAGCAGCUACAAAUCCGUUUUUGUCGUAAACUGGAGCCGAUCAAUCCAUUCAACAGCAAUGUAAGCAGGAUCAGCAGCGGGAUCAUCAACUAAGGGAGCAUCAACUAAUCAAUGCCUGGCUGGUGUAGAACGGAGCUGUCCAAUAGAGUUAGCAACAAUAGCAGCAGAAGCAACCAAUUUUAGCUCUACAUAACUGCAAAGAGAGAAAUAUGAAUUAAUUAAUAAAUUAUGUGUAAGGAAGUAUUAUUAAAGUGUAAAAUAUGUGAUGUACGUGAGAGAGAGAUAUAUAGAAAGCCGAGAUCCAGCGAUAGAAAGUGAGGAGAUGAGAGUUGAAACACAGCAAACAGUAACAACACCCAGCCAAGAUGAGUAGAAACAUCUGCCUGAAUUUCGAGCAGAAAGCUUACAUUCAAACUGAACUUGAGUCUAAUACAUUUGCAAUAACUAUAAACCUGUAAACCAGCCCAUAAGAUAGCAUAAGGCAUCCCCAAAGCCACUCAACUGACUAUGAAAUUAUUCCCCCUACGAAUUCACACACUAAAUGUAAUAUUUUUAAAGCUCGUGGGCAUGUGCUGUGCCCCCUAUAUAAGUUGAGUGGCUGCCGGGGAUACCCACUGUCAAUCUUCUAGUACUUCCUUAGUUGAUCACUUACUGUUAAUUAAGUUGUAUCCUUGUUGAGGCAAAAACCAAGAAAGCAACCGGUAAUAGAAAAUCCGAUCGACUCUAAGCGAGAGAUGCGAAAAUGAAAAAAAAAUGAAAUUGUUAUAUAGCUUUAAAGAUUGCAUUGGUAAAGAGCAAAAAGAAAAUGUUAAAAACAAUUGUAAACAAAUUAUGUGUGCUUGUAAUUGUACAUUUUUUACGUUCUUUUUUUGUAAAAUUUAUUAUGUGCGUGCAUUGUCGCAGAAACCAAAUACAAUUAUUAGUGGCUUUUGGCUAUCGAUUUUUAAACACAUUUUUACAAUUUACGAUUUACGAUUUUUUCGAUUUGACAGUUGAUUUGUUUGUGCAUUCGCUUUUGAUCCACAUUCAAGACACCAAUGCAUACACGAGUUUGCUGUUGAACAUUUUUAUAUAGCAGCGACUAGUUUGAAAUUUACAACAAACCUUUGAACACAUAUACAAAGAACAACAACAUUACAAGAGCAAAUCGAAAACUAAAACAAAGCAAAAGCAAAAGAAAACAAAACAAAAUGAUAUGGUAUACAUUUAGGCUAGAAUACGUAACGAAUUGUAUAAGCGUAACUUAAUGAUAACAAAAUAUACAUAUACAUAAAAGAGAAAA